UGAGCAGGCUGCCUCGCGAACAUGAGAACCUCUUCUGGAGCGGAGAGGUUAGAAAGCAGAUAAGGAUUGCUAGGCUAAGAGCUACUGCAUCCUCUGGCUCCAGCCGAGCGACGCAUCCGGAGCCCACUGCAGCUUGGAUUCAGCGAAAAGAAGAUGCUCAAGGUGUCAGCCGUAUUGUGUGUGUGUGCAGCCGCUUGGUGCAGUCAGGCUCUCGCAGCUGCCGCGGCGGUGGCUGCGGCCGGGGGGCGGUCGGACGGCGGUAAUUUUCUGGACGAUAAACAAUGGCUCACCACAAUCUCUCAGUAUGACAAGGAAGUCGGACAGUGGAACAAAUUCCGAGACGAUGAUUAUUUCCGCACUUGGAGUCCAGGAAAACCCUUCGAUCAGGCUUUAGAUCCAGCUAAAGAUCCCUGCUUAAAGAUGAAAUGUAGUCGCCAUAAAGUAUGCAUUACUCAAGAUUCUCAGACUGCAGUCUGCAUUAGUCACCGGAGGCUUACACACAGUAUGAAAGAAGUAGGGGUAGGCCAUAAGCAGUGGAGGGGUCUCACAUCAUCCACCUGCAAGCAGUGUCCAAUGGUCUAUACCAGUCCUGUCUGUGGUUCAGAUGGCCAUACCUACUCCUCUCAGUGCAAGCUAGAAUAUCAGGCAUGUGUCUUAGGAAAGCAUAUCUCAGUCAAAUGUGAAGGACGUUGCCCAUGUGCUUCAGAUAAGUCCACGAGUACAAGCAGAAACGUUAAGAGAGCGUGCAGUGACCUGGAAUUCAGGGAAGUGGCCAACAGAUUGCGGGACUGGUUCAAGGCCCUUCAUGAAAGUGGAAGCCAAAACAAGAAGACAAAAACAUUACUGAGGCCUGAGAGAAGCAGAUUUGAUACCAGUAUUUUGCCCAUUUGCAAGGAUUCACUUGGGUGGAUGUUUAACAGACUCGAUACAAACUAUGACCUACUGCUGGACCAGUCAGAGCUGGGGAGCAUUUACCUUGAUAAGAACGAACAGUGCACCAAGGCAUUUUUCAAUUCUUGUGACACAUACAAGGACAGUUUGAUAUCAAACAAUGAAUGGUGCUACUGCUUCCAGAGACAGCAAGACCCACCUUGCCAGACGGAGCUCAGCAAUAUUCAGAAGAGACAAGGGAUAAAGAAACUCCUAGGACAGUACAUCCCUCUGUGUGAUGAAGAUGGUUACUACAAGCCGACACAAUGCCACGGCAGUGUUGGGCAGUGCUGGUGUGUGGACAGAUAUGGAAAUGAAGUCAUAGGAUCCAGAAUAAAUGGUGUUGCAGACUGUGCUAUAGAUUUUGAGAUCUCCGGAGAUUUUGCAAGUGGAGAUUUUAAUGACUGGACUGAUGAUGAAGAAGAUGAAGAUGACAUCAUCACUGAUAAAGAUGAAAUUGAAGAUGAUGACGAAGAUGAAGGGGAUGAUGAUGAUGAUGGAGAUGAUCAUGAUGGAUACAUUUGAUUAAUGGCAGCUGAGGUCAAUAAAUUCUACAUUUGUAAUAUUGACAAAGUGAUUGCCUAUGGAGAAUUACCUUGUUGCCCCAAAACAAAAUUAUUUCAAACCUCAUAUAUAUUUUGUAUAAUUAUUUCAAAUAUGGCACGAAAAGUCAUAGAAAUUUAUGUUUAAAUAAGAAUUAUUUACUUUAAGUUUUUGUAUGUCUUAGAGAAAAAGAGAACAUAUAUGCAGUAUAGCCAGACAAAGGAAAGUGGUGGAGAGCUACUAAAAUAAAUUCUGAAUAAGAACAAAUUUUGCAAAUGUUCCAUAAAAAAAUAACAACGAACGAGUGCGUGGGAUGAUGAGUGUUUUGUUUUCUGAAAGCCCAGCUUAAAUUUACAUCUUAUAGUGACCUGAUCCCCAAGGAUUUUAUAAAAUUAUGCAUGAUCCAGAUCUUUCCAAAGUAGCAUCAGGGUAACAGAGAGACCACAUGGUAAAACAAAGUGACAAUUGUAGAAUCUUAUUAAAGUGUUUAUGUUAACAUUUUUAAUUAUGAAGUUAUUCUGGAUAUGAUAGGAUAUUUUAUAAAAUAGCAAGUAUGGAAAACCACAGAUUCUUGAAUGUUAGAAAUUUAGUUGUCCUUUCUAAUUUUUAUUUUAAACUGAAUGGCAGUCUUACACAUAUAUAUAUAUUUUUAAUAUUCUUAAGCAGCAUGACUUUUAGAUUUCUGUCUUUCUGACCAGCAAUUUAGGGUACAGAAUUUAGGAAGACAAAAGGAAAUAUUCAUUUUAACCAUAUUUUCACUAAAAGUUUUUCAUUUGCCCCCAAGGUCAAAUUUGAAAUUCUUAAUUCUAAUUUUAUGUUCUAUUUUAGAUAAAUAUUCGCAUUUACUCUUAGAAUUAUGCCAUUUUUGUUCAUAGUGCUGAAGCUUAGAGAACGUAUUGUAUGGUGCCUUGCAAAAAUAGAAAUAGAAAGGAUUAGCAUGCAUACCAAUGUAGGAUAUUAGGCAAUAUUUAAGCACACCUAAUUAACAAAUUAAUACCAGUAAAGGUACUGCUGCUGGAAUGAAGAAAAUGGAAUAUGUUUCUUUCUUUUUUUCUAUUGUUACAUAAUUACCAUGUGGACUGGUUUAUAAUAAUUGUGUGGAGUGGCAUUUAAGAUUUAACUGUAACAAAAAUUACUUUAAUUGCUAUAUUUAAGUUAGCAUGUUAAUUAAUUGUGUAGACAUUUUGGCACACCGUCACUUUUAAGUAUAUCAGACCAAUGGUUUUGUGCCCAUAAUAAAAAAGGAAAAAUCCUGUUGAAUAUUACACAUUGAUAUCUUUAAUUUCAACAGUGGGUUAACUGUUUUCCUGGUAUAUUAUUCAUUGAAAGCAAAAUUGGUGGAUUCUUUCCAUUUAAUUUAUACACUAAAUAAAAACUUUAAUGUUGAACUUACAUAAUAUUUAAAGUAUAAUGCAUUUUCUUUUCUACUGUUUAUGUAUAGUUUACAAAAUAAAGAAUCUUGUAACCAAA